GUGCCCUAAAGCCUUGCAGGUGCCCUUCAUGUAUAUAUCGUUCUGUUUUGACAGAAUGAAAUGAAAAAAAGCCGUCAAACUCAUACUUAUAAGUUGGAUAUUUAUUUUGUGUGUACGGAACUAAUAUAAAAUAACAUUAUCUGAUGACUCUGGAAGCAAUCAGGUAUCGCAGAGGACACCUAGACAUACUUGACCAGCUCCUUUUACCGACACAGUCGGUGUACAUUUCAAUAAACGACACCGAAGAUGCUUGGCAUGCAAUCAAGAAAAUGCAGGUACGAGGGGCACCUGCUAUUGCAAUUGUAGGAUGCCUCAGCCUUGGAGUAGAAAUCCUGAAAAAUGACUUCACCAACAUAGAGGAAACAGUGCACUUUAUACAGGAGAAGCUGGAGUAUCUUGUCACCUCACGCCCCACUGCUGUCAAUAUGAACGAUGCAGCUGUGAAGUUUAUCAAUAUAGCCAAGAAAUGUGGUCUAGAUAAAUCACUAACAGUUGAAGAUAUCAAACAAAGGAUGUUGGAGGCCUUUGAAAAGAUGUUUAAAGAUGAUGUAGCUACCAACAAAGCGAUAGGUCUAUAUGGUGCAGAGGACAUUUUGGAGCAGCGUGAGGGAAAGUGUAUUCGCAUGUUAACACACUGCAAUACAGGUUCCCUGGCCACAGCAGGAUAUGGUACAGCUUUAGGUGUAAUCAGAAAAUUACAAGAACUCGAUAGACUGGAUCAUGUAUACUGCACUGAGACUAGACCAUACAACCAAGGGGCAAGACUUACAGCUUAUGAACUUGUGUUUGAGAAAAUGCCUGCCACUUUAGUCUGUGACAGCAUGGUUUCCAUGUUGAUGAAAGAGAAGAAUAUCACUGCGGUGGUGGUCGGUGCUGAUAGGGUCGUGAAAAAUGGUGACACAGCUAACAAGAUUGGCACUUACCAGAUUGCCAUAUGUGCCAAAUAUCACAAUGUGCCAUUCUAUGUUGCUUGCCCAACGACUACAUUUGACUCCCAGAAGGAGACGGGUAAGGAGAUCGUUAUAGAGGAACGGCCACCUAAAGAGAUGCUGUAUGUGAAGGAUAUCAGGAUUGCAGCUGAAGGCAUAGAGUGUUAUAAUCCAGCAUUUGAUGUUACGCCAGCCGAGUUGAUCACUGGUGGAAUAAUCACAGAGUUUGGCGUAUUUUCUCCUGAUAAACUGUAUGAAGAGCUAAAGUCAAGAAUACCUGUAUGACAAGUUUAAGUCAAGGAUAGCUGUAUUAAGAGUUUAAGUCAAGGAUAGCUGUAUUAAGAGUUUAAGUCAAGGAAAAAUAUAAGUGUUUCCUUAUCAGUCUGCUUUCAUAAUCUAUCAUCAGAAUAAUCAGACAACUCUUCACAUUUAUCUAUUUAUUUACUUGGAUGUCUCUUAUAAAAAUAAGUUUGUAUCUCCUCAAUGCCCACUGCUGCAAUGUAACUCUGUACUAACAUAACAUUUAAGUAAGGUAAUUUUUUGACAUCGCAUAUUAAUAUAGUCCUAUUAUGAUUAGCACACCUCAGACUUCUAUAUAUCUGAUGAAAUUUGAAAUUGAUGGUCUGAUCUCUAUUUUCCACUGUUUAUUAAGUAUUAUUAAAAUCAUACAAAACUCAACAUUUUGCAUCGCCAUUUUCCAUUAUUGUCAUAUUUCAGUACUGUUUAAAUAUAAUUAUAGAUUUUGUAUGGAAAAUUGUUUAUAUAAGCAUAAUUAUUUGUUGUUAAUUCUUUUAAAUAACUGUUUGUCCUUCAGCUUACCUAAAUGAAAUACAUAUAUAGGUCAGCUAGACGUUCUCCAACAGUUUGUUCAAAAUGGGCCCACUAUCAAUAAAGGAUCUUAGUCAUAACUUCAAAAAAAUAAAUAUGUGGGAAUGUCGCCAUUGCCAACAAGUUAAUUAUUUUUGUUUUAUAAUUAUCUGCUGAACGGAAGGUGUCGGGAGGGGAUACUAUAAUGCCAUUGUCUGUCCGUUCGUCUGUCUUUCCCUCACAUUUUUUUCUGCAUUAACAUUAUCUUUGAAGAGAUUGGUCAGAUAAAGUUCGAACUUGACCUCUUGUAAAAGUGGGUCACAUGGGGUCAAAAAUUAGGUCAUUAGGUCAAAUCAAAUAACAUUCUAUGGAACACACUGCAGACAUUAUAUUGGUCCAAUAGUCAUCAAACUUAACCAGAAGGUUUUCCUUGAUGAACUCUUGCACAAAUUCCAACUGGGUCAUAUGUUAUCAAAAACCAGAGGUAAUAUAUCCGAUUUUCAUGAAACUUGAUUAGAAUAUUCACCUCGAUGAAAUCUUGGAUAUGUUUGAAACUAGGUCACACAGAGUCUAAAACUAGGACACUAGGUCAAAUCUUACAAGAACUUUGUAAGCACACUAGAGGCAAUAUUAUUGGCCCAAUCGUCAUAAAACUUAAUCAGAAUGUUUGCCUUGAUGUAAUUUAUUUAUUAGUUUGAAACUUGGUAACAUGGGGUCAAAACCUAGGUUACUAGGACAAAUCUAAAUGCUAUGAUAUAUACAAAACUCUUAUUGCAAACAAACUCAUUUCAUCAUUAUGCAAAGUUCAUAAGAGUCCAUCACUCCGCAGUUGUAUUGAAUACUUUGUUUGGAAUUUUUCACCAAUACUUGAUUUCCAUUCUAUCUACAUGCACUUUGUCUAAUCAGGCGGGGGAUAUCAAUUAAACGGAAUUGCUUGUUAAUUAUUAAAUUUUGUUUCAACAAUAAUACUGGCUAUCGGUAAGAUUGUACAAAUGUAUAGCAAAAAAUAUUACAUGAAGAGACUUCCACUGUACUACUAAGAUGUUUAUUGAAACAGGCCCUAUGAGCCAGGAUAAACCCUGCCUGAGAAAUCAUUGUUUAUUAUAGAUGAAACCUUCACAAGCACAACUCAGCUGUUACAGGAGUGACUUAUGUCCCAUAUUGGGCAUUUAAAGACAUAUACCCAUUUCUAUUCCAUAUAUGCAUUUACCAAAAGUUGGAUUGAAGUGUCACUCAUAGUAACUGGGUGUUGUAAAAGAAAAAUCCUAUCUAGAGGUAGUUAAUUAACGGAGCAGUUAC